AUGUUCUUCCGGUUUUACUUUUUCUGUUUAUUUUUAUUGAUUUUUAUCCUUUUUCUUUCUUUCUUUCGUUUUUCUUUUCUUCUUUUCGUUUGCUAUUUUUUUUUUCACUCAUUUUCUUUCUUCCUUUUGAUUUCCUUUCUCUUUUUCUUUCUUCUUUCUUUCUUUCCCAUUUUCUUAUUUUCAUUUAUUCUUUAUAUUUUUCACUUCUACCUUUUCUUUUCUCUCUUUCUACUUGCCAUUCUUUCUCACCGUCUUCUUACUUUCUUCUCCAUUAAUUUUUUUCUUUCAAUUUCUUUUGACUAUUUCAUCUUUUCUCUUCGUUAUUUUCUUUUUUUAUAUCUUCUGUUUUUCGUUUUUAUUAUUUCCCUUCCUUUUUUUUUAUAUACCUUUUUUUCUUUUUCUCCAUUUCGUUUUUCCUUCAUUUCUCUUGCUCUUUCAUUUUAUUUUAUUUUUGGUUUUCUUUAUCUCCCCUCCCUCAUACACUUUGUUUUUUUUUUCUUUCUUUCUUUCUUUUCUCCUUCCUUAAAUCAUUUCAUUUUUCUAUGUUUCUUUAUUUCUUUUCGUCAUUCUCAUCCGUUUGUUGUUCCUCUCUUCCAUGUUUUUUUCCCUUCUUUUCUUUUUAUUCUGUUAGACUUAAACUUCUUUUUAGUACUCAACUUUACAAAUAAUCAUGGCGUCUCUGUUUUUCUUUUCUUUCCUCGUUUUUCUUUCUUUUGUCAUUUUUGUUUUCAUUUUUCUUUAUCUGCUUUUUCCUCCAUUGGUUUUUUCUUCGUUUUUUUUUUGUUUCGUUUCGUUGCUUUCUUUUUUAAGCUUUUCCUUUCUUUUCCUUCUUUACUUGCUUUUUUUUCUCUAUCCCACUUGUUGCUCCUUUCUUUUACUUUCUUUUUUUCUUUCUUUUUCGAUCUUCCUCUUCGUUUUUCUUAUUUUACCCAGUUUUCUUUUCUUCUUCCUCUCCAGCUUCAACCUUUCUUCUUAUUUUAUUUCUUUCUCAUUUUCCUUUUCUUUUCUUUUAUCUCUUUUCCUCGGUUUUUAAUCUCUUUCAUUUUCUUUCUGUCUUCCGCUUUAAUUAUUUCUUUUCCAAAUACAUUUAUUUCCAUUCUUCUUUACCAUGACCCCCGAUGUUCACUUGCCAGGCCGGCCGCGGACUUGCAUGACUUGUUAGACAAGUGA